CCUUGAUCACGAUUUGAUGAGUUGCUAUUAACUUGUGUUUUUGCUAUCAACAUUUUUAUGAGAUUUUUGCUUCUGUUGCAACCAUAUUACCAUAUUUUUGCAGUAGAUGAUUCAAUUGUAUUGGAUGUGAACUCAUUUGAGAGAUUGAUUUUCCAAUAUUUGCUUUUGUUAUAGGAUUUGAACUUUUUGCAAGCUUAAUUGUUGAUUUGUUUAUGGAAUUGGAAGUAUUAUCAGGAAUUGGAUGUCAACAAAACUUGGAUUUGGGUUGCAGAAUUUACCCCAAGAGAAGAUGCCUCAACUUGUACAGAUAAUCAGGAAGAGGGAUGAGCAUUCGGCACAGGAUAGCGAUGAAAUUGAGCUUGAUAUUGAGGCUCUUGAUACGGAGACGUUGUGGGAACUUGAUCGGUUUGUGACCAAUUGGAAGAAGAUGGUGAGCAAGACAAAGCGGCAAGCGUUGGUGAUGAACAACAAUCCAGCUGCUGGAGUUUCUAUUCCCUCCAGUCCUGUUACUGAUGCUGAUGUGGGCGCAUUGAGCGACAAGAAUGAUGAUUGUGGCAAGAUGAUGAAAGAAAAUUAUGAAGAAGAUGUAGAUAUUGAUGACGAUAGGCCAGCAGCGAGCUUCCUUGCUGUGGAGAUUGAGAUUGAGAGAGAAGGUGUUGUUGGGCAGGAGAAUGAUGGUGUUGUUGGACAGGAGAAUGAUGGUAGAGGCAAUGCCAGCAGUAGCUCAAGCAGUUCUGGCAGCUCAAGUAGCGAUUCGUCAUCCUCGAGUGAUUCUGAUUCAGGGAGUUCCUCUGGUAGUGAGUCCGACGCAAAUGAUUGA